AUGCCACCGAAGGCAGGUCGUGCAGGCGCGCGCAGGGCGGAGAAGGCACCGUCCCCGUGUGACCCCAUUGCCGAGCUCAGAAGCAUGGAGUCCAUCCACGAUGCCCUGGUAAAGGCACAGGAGCUUCGGAAUUACUUUCAGGUGGAGCGUGACAAAGUAAAUGAGUUUUGGUCAGUGGCGAAGAAAGAUGUGGACAACGUUCGCCACGCCCUUCUCAACGCCGAUGCGGAGCUUGAGGAGAUGACGCGUGCGCACCAGGUGGAGAUGAAGGUGUACAAGCAGAAGGUGCGGCACUUAUUGUAUGAACACAAAAUGAGGGUGAAGCUGUGCAAGGAGGAGAGUGACCGUCUGCUGCGGGAGGCGGAGGAGCGGCACCUGAAGCGGAUGGGCGACAUCCGAGCCCAGCUGCAGCAGCGCGACCGCAAGUUUGAGGCGGCGGCGGAGGGUCAUGAGAUGAAGAUCGAUGAGCAACGCGACUCCCAUAACUACAUGCUGGCCGUCACGAAGAAGCAGAAACAUGAGAAGUAUUUAGCGCGCCAGCAGGCAGUCUAUGAAGCGAAGCUUAAGGCCUUGCAGGACGAAUUGGAGUUGCGACGCCGGGCGGAGAUUCACGAAAUCGAGGAGCGCAAGAAUGAUCACAUCAAUGCCCUGAUCAAGCAACACGAGACGAAGUUUCAUGAGAUGAAGGACUACUACAACCAGAUCACGACCAACAACCUAGAGAUCAUUCAAUCCCUCAAGGAGGAGAUUUCUCAAAUGAAGAAAAACGACGAAAAUAACGAGACGCUCAUGUAUGAUAUUGAUCGCGAGAAUCAGAACUUAGUGGCCCCACUGGAAGAGGCGCAGAGAGAGGUGGCAGAGCUGCAUCAGAGACGGAAGCAGUACGAGCAGGACAAGCGCAGCCUUGGCACAACCCGGGCAAAGCUUCGCUCUCUGCGGGAGGAAAUUUGGCGCUUGCGCAAGGAACACACUGCUCUCGAGGAGCGUUACGCCAACGUCCACGAGGAGCGGGAAGAACUUAAGGCAAAGUUUGAAUCUGCGCUCCGGCAGGCGAUGGAGGUUGUGGAGGAACGGAAUGAGGUAUUGCAGCAGAAAUUGAUCGAGUUCCAUGCACUUGUUGAGGAGCGGGACGCUCAGCUUGAUGGUGUGCUUCAGGCGAUGAAUCUUGAGCCCACCGCCCUUGAACUCAUUGCCUCCGAGGUGGACCGUACGUUAAGUCAGAAGAAUCAGAUGAUUAAAGAUCUUCACUUUGAGCUGAAGAAGGAGGAGGGGGAGUUCAGCGCGGCGCUUAUUGAGAUGGAGAGGCGCAGUCAAGCAGUAAAUAUUUCGCCACUUUCCCGGGAACAAUUUCUUUCGCCAAAAUGA